GCCCCCGGUCCCGCCGCCCGUGGCUCCGGUCUCCUCCGCUGGGAGAGUUCCUCCGAGUGCCGGCUCCGGAGCUGCCGCUGACUCCGUACGUUCUCGGGAGAGGCACCCGACCGAAGGCUGACGAUGCUGAAACCAGAAGUCAGAGAGAUUCCUAGAAAAAUGGCCCCGCCGUGGCCCCGUAGCAGCAGCGCGGAGAACAAGAUUCCACAUACGCGAAUGGACGACGAAGCAGCGAUACAGCAAAUCUAUACGUUUGGAAAGAAGUUGGGACAAGGCAGCUUUGGAGUCGUGAUCGAAGCCACCCACCGGGAAACCGGGAAGAAGUGGGCCAUUAAAAAAGUGAACCGGGAAAAGGCUGGAAGUUCUGCUGUGAAACUGCUGGAGCGAGAGGUUUCUAUCCUGAAAAUCGUAAACCACGAGCAUAUCAUCCACCUGGAGGAAGUGUUUGAAACCCCCAAGCGCAUGUAUCUGGUGAUGGAGUUCUGUGAGAGCGGGGAGCUGAGAGAAAUCCUGCUGCGGAAAAAGCGCUUUUCGGAGGCAGAGACCAGACACGUCAUUCACAGCCUGGCAUCGGCGAUCGCCUACCUUCAUAAAAAGGACAUCGUCCACCGGGAUCUGAAACUGGAAAACAUUCUGGUGAAAAGCAGCGAGAAGGCGGACACGGAGGAGACGCAGCUCAACAUAAAGGUAACCGACUUUGGUUUGGCCGUGCAGAAGGGGGGCGUUGGCAGCGAGAACAUGUUACAGUCCACCUGCGGGACCCCAAUAUAUAUGGCCCCGGAGGUUAUCAAUGCCCACGAUUACACCCAGCAGUGUGACAUAUGGAGCACGGGGGUCAUCAUGUACAUGCUGCUUUGCGGGGAUCCGCCAUUCAUGGCCGCCUCGGAGGACAAACUUUUCGAGUCGAUUAGAAAGGGCGAGUUGAAGUUUUGCGACGAAGUUUGGCAAACCGUGAGCGAGGCUGCCAAAGAUGUCCUGCAGAGGCUUCUGAAGGUGGAUCCGGCUCAGCGCAUCACAGCUAACGAGCUGCUUGAUAACCCCUGGAUAACGGGGGAAAGGAACAUUGUGCAAAGACCGUUUAAUGUCAUCGAGAUGAUGAAGGAAUGGGGGAACAGCCUGGACAUGGACGACACGGAGCUCCCGGACGCCGAGUCCAACGGUUUGUGCGAGGCGCACUCCGAGAGCCCCCUCGCCCCAGAGGAACGAAGCAGCCCGGUGAGCAGCAAUGGAGCCUCCGAAACCGACAGCAGCAACAGCAGCAAACCUUCCACCCCAACGCAGCAGAUACACAAGAAAAAGACGCCUCCCGGUUCUCUGCCCAACGGGAUGAUUAAGAAGAAAAGUUCGGGCUUCAAGUCUUCUAGCGCUCCCCCACCAGACAGAAAGACCUCUUCACAACCCAAUCUCCGACGGACCCAAGAUAAUCCAAAACACGCGGCCUCGUCUGCAUCCAAACCGCCGUCGGUUUUGGGGAAAGGAGAGCCGGAAAAACUCAGUGUUCACACAAACCACGGACAUAAACUCACGCAGAGACCUCCUGCCUCCCCCAAAUCCAAGAAAACCUUCUAGCUGCAAGACAAACCCUCUACCCCCCACCCUACGGACUUUAUUAACGUGCCAAAGGGAAAGGUGUGGACCCCGGAGAUCUCUGCACCCCGAAGCCACGUGACCCACCUACUGGGGUACAGUGGGGAGGACAUGUCAGUCCGGAACCUGCAUAGAUCAUAGAGGUUCAGAUCAAGUCACCAAACUGGGGUACAGUUACCAUAACAACGUGUUUUUAGAUUUCUAUUCCGAAUACUCAGCAGACCUUCUAAUGGCGCCAUACGUGUUUUACAAUUGUUAUUUUGUUGCAUCGUUAAAAACAAGGAACCGGGUUUGAAACUUCAGCGCUGCGGAAUGUGAUGGCGCUAAUUAUAAAAUAAUUAAUAAUAUAAAUAGUCCUUAAUAUAUUCCUCAUGAGGUGUCAAACUCCACGAAGUAGCAGGGAGGGUCACAUAAGCUUUUUAGACGGUUGAGGUCCCCUCUUUAGACGAAGGAUGAUCUUGGAAGCCAAUGUUACUCUAAUCUUACUUUGGUAAGACCAAGACCAAGUCACCAAGACCAAGUCACCAAGACCCAAGUCACCAAGACCA